AUGAUGAGAAAUUGUAAAAAUUGGUUUCAUGUUGUUAACAAGACGAGAAAUGGUCUUGCAUCAAUGAAUAAGAAGAAUACAUUAACAUCUUCCGCACUUGUUAACAGCAGUAAUAUGCUAAUGAAUAGAAGUUUUCAAAAGUCAAUCAUCUCAUCAUCAUUUAACAAACAACAAUAUUCAAUGGAAGAUUACUUUCAUUUGGGACAUAUUCUUUGUGAUCAACAUGUUAAAAAGGAUGAAAAAUCAAUUGCGUUGAACUAUUUGACAAGUGAUGGAAAAUUUCAAUAUACUUUUAAACAAUUGAGUGAUUAUAGUGAACAGUUUGGUCAAUUUUUGAAAAGUCUUGGUUUGAAACGUCAAGAUAGAGUUUCAAUCCUAUUACCAAAGUGUCCAGAAUUAAUGAUAAGUGGUCUAAGUAUUUGGAGAAAUGCAAUGACCUAUGUUCCUCUAUUUACUGCCUUUGGACCAGAUGCUAUUGCACAUAGAGUUUUUGACUCUGAAUCCAAGGUUAUCAUUACUGAUGAGGCUAAUCGCCCAAAAUUAGAUCCCAUUCUCAGUCAAUUAGAAGAGAGAGGUGUUAAAAUUGUCAUUGUUGAGAAGAGUAUUGCAGAGAGUAUGGCCUAUAGAGUAGUGGAUGGAAAUGCACCACUAUUAACCUCAUUUAGCUCUUUCAAACCAAAUGAAUACAGAUUUUGGAAUAGUUCAAUUUUAUCUAGUCAACAAAGACCAAUCAUUAGAGAUUCUACUGGAAUGGAUAAGAAUGAUAUCAUGAUUCUCUUGUACACUAGUGGUACUACUGGUAAGAGCAAGGGUGUACCAGUUUCAGUAAAAGCUUUGGGAUCAUUUGAAGUGUAUAUGAAAUAUGGACUCCAUGUUGAACAUGAUGAUGUAUUUUUAAAUAUUGCAGACCCUGGUUGGGCCUAUGGCUUGUAUUAUAAUGUUUUAGGAACUCUUCUAUUGGGAAUUCCAACUUAUUUUGUCAAUAGAUCAUUCAAUCCUCAAGUAAUUUAUGAAAUAUUACAAAAUGAACGUGUGACUAACUUUGCUGCAGCUCCAACAGCAUAUCGAGCAAUGAAAGCACAAGGUCCAGAACUAGCUCAACAAUACAAGUUUUAUCUCAAAAAGGCCAGCUCAGCAGGAGAAGCAUUAAAUAACGAGGUAGUUACCUUCUUUGAGAAUAUUUGGGGUACAAGAAUUAAGAGUCACUAUGGUCAAACUGAACAUGGUAUGCUUAUUAAUUAUCAUCACCAUCCAGAAUUAGCUCUUUCAUCUGUAUCGGAGGUAACAACUAUUGGACAACCAAUUCAAGGAUUUACAGUCACUCUGUUGGAUGACGACUUUAGAGAAAUUUCAGAACCCUAUGUGAAAGGUCAUUUGGUUAUUGAUAUUGCUAACUCACCUGCUAGGUUCUUUACUGGAUACUGGAAUCAACCUGAAAAAACUGAGGAAAAAAUGGUUCAAUCCCCUUCUUAUACAGAUGGUCGUUUAUUUGAAUUGACCGGUGAUAGUGCCUAUAGAGACGAAAAUGGCCUUUAUUUCUUUAGUGGAAGAAGUGACGAUAUUAUCACAUCUUGUGGUUAUCGUAUCUCACCAAAAGAAGUUGAAGAUUGUCUGAUAGAACAUGAAGCUGUUUUUGAGUCUGGAGUUGUAGGUCAAAAGGACGAGUUGAGAACUGAAAUGGUUGUUGCAUUUGUUGUGCUCAGAUCAGGUUAUCAGCCAAGCAAACAACUUGAGCAAGAGUUGUGUGAACAUGUCAAGAAAAAACUCUCAGCUCACCAAUAUCCAAAGAGAAUUUUCUUUGAGGACAAGCUUCCAUGCACCGAAGCUGGAAAAGUUAAGAGAAAUAUUUUAAGGGAUAAGGCAAAUGCAAUGCUAUCUCAAUAA